AUGAUCCUUCCUCUCCAUCUCUCAUCUCCCAAGGCUAAUUGCCACCACCGGCGAGCCUUCGACGGCCGACGUCUCCAGAGAUCGGAGCCAAACGCUCACAUGAGGCUCUACGAUGACCUCCUCGCCAACGGGUACUAUUCAACGAGGGUGUGGAUUGGGACGCCGCCUCAGAAAUUCGCUCUGAUUGUGGAUACGGGAAGCUCAGUGACUUAUGUGCCUUGCUCUGACUGUCAACGGAUUGGGGGUGAGCUGGCUAGCAAUAGAAUCUCAACAAUUAUGGCAUGUUUACUUAUCAUGAAUGGAGACCCUAGGUUCCAGCCUAAUUCAUCUAGCACGUACCAACUUGUAAAGUGCAAUGCCAAUUGUAACUGUGAUGAGGAAGGAUCUAAAUGCACUUAUAAGCGUCAAUAUGCUGAGGGUGUUGAAAGUUUGAAUGAAAUUCAAGAAACUUUGUCCCACAUUGAUAGAAAGUAG